AUGGAUGAAUCAUUCAAAGAACGGCAUCGAGAGAUCCUGGAGGGGGCCAGGGCUGCUAUGGCGCCUGAGCCUAGGGAUAAAGCAUUAUGGGCAGACAUCGAAAAGCUCAACAACGAUGAACAGGUCCCAGGGGACUGGACCCUGGAAGCAAGGUUGACCAUCCAAGCGGCUCAGGCACGAAGAGCCGCCGUGGCCGCCGCUGUGACCAUCGAAGAGACGGUGAACAACUUCAGCAAGCGUGCCAGUAUCGAAGGUUCACGCAGCGCACAUCAAGCAAUAUCCUCUGGUGACGGCCUGGGAAGAGAAGCGGAAUGCCGGUACAUACCUCUUUAG